UCAAAAUUAUUUCUUUCAACAACUCGAGCAAAAGGACUAAAAGUUUAUUUAACAUUAAUUACGAAUUUUAAAGUAAAAAAAAAAGAAGAAAUAUGUCAGCCGUUGAAGAAUUACGAAAUAAAAUAGCAGAGCUGAAACAAGAACUCGGUCAACAGCAUGAAAAUGCUUUACAAGUAGGUGGACGUCAACGCAUUGAGAAAAUGUCCGCAGAGGUUGUGGACUCAAAUCCCUAUAGUCGACUAAUGGCUUUACAACGAAUGGGUAUAGUCAAGGAGUAUGAAAGGAUACGUGAUAAAGCGGUAGCGGUUGUCGGUGUUGGCGGUGUAGGCAGCGUCACUGCUGAUAUGUUGACUCGUUGUGGUAUAGGCAAAUUGAUUUUAUUCGACUACGAUAAAGUGGAGUUGGCUAAUAUGAAUCGUCUAUUCUUUACACCUGAUCAGGCUGGCCUGUCGAAAGUGGAAGCGGCUGCUCGCACUUUGUCUUUUAUCAAUCCGGAUGUUCUUAUAGAAACACACAAUUAUAAUAUAACUACUGUAGAGUCCUUCGAUAAGUUUCUAUAUGCUAUUGCUAAAGGCGGUUUGAUAUCGGGACAACCUGUUGAUUUAGUCUUAAGUUGUGUUGAUAAUUUUGAGGCUCGUAUGACUAUUAAUGCGGCUUGCAAUGAAUUAGGUUUAAAUUGGUUUGAGUCCGGUGUCUCAGAAAAUGCCGUGUCUGGCCACAUACAAUUUAUACGGCCUGGUGAAACAGCGUGCUUUGCUUGUGCUCCUCCUUUAGUUGUGGCGGAAAAUAUUGAUGAGCGCACUUUAAAGCGGGAAGGAGUCUGUGCAGCCUCUUUACCCACUACAAUGGGUAUUACCGCCGGUAUGCUGGUACAAAAUACUUUAAAAUAUUUGUUAAAUUUUGGUCAAGUCUCUGAUUAUCUGGGUUACAAUGCUUCAAAUGAUUACUUCCCGAAAAUGACACUUAAACCAAACACAGAAUGCGAUGACUCCCAUUGUCGAGCCAAACAACGAGAAUAUCAAGCUAAACCCAAACCUAUACCGGAAGAGCAACCUAUAACAGAUGAAGAAAAUCCUGUGCAUGAAACUAAUGAAUGGGGCAUCGAACUGACUGAUAGUAAUCCGGAAGACCAAGGGGAGUCUACGCCCGGCCAGUCAAAGGAAUUAGCUUUCGGUUUACAACGAGCUUUUGAAGCCCCACCAACGCAGGAACAAUCUUCAGAUGAACGCACUACAAAUUCUACGGAGAAUGUUGAUUUAGACGAUCUUAUGGCUCAAAUGAAAUCUAUCUAAGGAGCAUGCCAAGCAUUUACUCUUUUUAAGCUUCACGUCUAUAUAUUAAGAACGUAUUCCAUAUUUUUUUUAUUUCUGAAAAAUGUCUUAUUUACUUAUUUAUAAAAAAAUUGUUUUUCAAAUCUUAAGCGAUCCUAGUGUUCACAUUUUUGUAAUAAAUUUGCAAAAUAAUUAAAGGCCGAUUUUUAAAACAUUUAUUUGAGAAAAAAAAAUAUAAAAGCGGCGAAUUAUGGGAAAUCAUAAUAAACACAAUUUAUUGGAGAAUUGAAUUAAU